CCCAUUAGCUCCCCCCCAAAUGCCCCCAAAGCCCCCCAUCCCGUCUACUCUGAAGAUCAUUACCAAGUAGAAUAAGUUAGAGGUUGUUUUCUGGCAUCGCUGGAGGAAUUAUAUGUGCGCCAGCUCAGUGGAUAUGGCUUAAAUGAUGUUGGCGUCACCGUUAGAUGGAGAAAAGUCCGUCACUUGAGUGUCGUUAGCCGCUCUCGAUUUUGGUUGAACGCUAAUCUAAAUGGGAAGAUACCCGAUGGACUAAUUCGGCAUUUGAGAAGGAGAACAUGUGGAUAAAACGGAGUGUCGCACGCAGCAGUCCAUCUGCUUUGAAGCCAGGCAGCUGUGUGGGGCACCGGGUGUGGAUUCUGCUGGCAAUGACCCACAUGACCUUGGACUUCUCUGUCUGCAGCCCUCUCAGUCAAGGUUUGGCGCUCAAACUCAUGCCUAAGCCGGUGCCUCGCUCAAGACCUCGCCUGCAGCCCGUUUGGGACACGCCGAACACCAUCCACUGGAGAACGGUGAGCCCUCUGGCGCGCAAGCUUUUGAGCCCUAUCCCUCCACCCCAAGACAAUAAAUUAAGGAUAGGGCCAAAGGUCGCAGCGCAAAAGUCUCGGAAGACCCUGCACAAACGACCGGCACCAUGUAAGGAAUGCAGGUUGCCGUUCUCUGAAAUGGAGAUGGGUGAGCCAGUCAUAGCGGAAUCUCCAGCGGCUUUUUCCAGAGCAAACAGGGGAGACGCAGCAAGGUUGCUACUCAGAGCCAGAAGGCAGCUCAAAUGGGAGAGCUUUGACAAGUCUCAGGAGGGCCGGACUACUACGGUGGCCGGAUUUAUUGACUGGGGACCCACAGGCACAGAUAGUACAGAUGGGGAUGGUAAACAUGAGCCCAAAGUUAACCUGCCCACCCGGGCCUUAACUACUACGGUGGCAACAACCACUAGCAGUACUACGAGGCUCUCCCAAAGGACGUUUAUUAUGGUGACUACACCGGAACCCAAGAGGCUCAGCACCACAAAGGCCGCAAACAGCUUUGGGGAGACUGUCAAGCCACCAAAGCCAUAUGGAGAUACAUCAGGUUUGGCAGUUCAUCAGAUAAUCACUAUCACUGUGUCUCUCAUUAUGGUUAUCGCAGCCUUGAUCACAACACUUGUCCUUAAAAACUGCUGUGCACAGUCAGGAAAUGGCCGCCACAAUAGUCAUCAGCGCAAGAUCCACCAGCAGGAAGAAAGCUGCCAAAACCUGACAGAUUUCACCCCGGCCAGGGUUCCCAGCAAGGUGGAUAUCUUCACUGCCUACAAUGACAACCUGCAGUGCUCUCAUGAGUGUGUUCGGACCGCCGUCCCCAUCUACACUGACGAGAUGAUCCAGCAGACGCCUGUCUACAAGACGGCUUACAAUGGAAACAGGCCUUCGCCCUCCGAAAGACAACUGAUUCCUGUCGCCUUUGUGUCAGAGAAAUGGUUUGAGAUCUCUUGUUGACAAGCUGAAGGCCUUGUUCACUUCCCUUUGGAGGAAGAGGGUUCCCGAAUCCAUGCUUUGGAUCCAAAUGGACACAAGCGGCUUCUUUUGUAAAGUAGUGUGAUCUCUCUUUGGACAUUGGUGAAGAUAUUUAUUUUUCUAGAGAUGACAAACAGAGCAGUCACAGUGCACACCCUCUCCAUAUUUCACCAUGAAGAUGUAGACCAGAUAGCGCGUUGGGACGGACAUUCACGGGACGUGUGGAUCAUCAUCACCGGUAUCUCUAAUCAUCGAUACGUGUUUGACAUUUGACAAAGGCACCCAAAGGGGCUUCUGUGGGUGGAAGAUGAACUCAAUUUUUGAACAAUGUGCCAAUAAUGCCACUAUGUGCCACAACCUGGAUAGAAGAAAGUUGUAACGACAACAGAUGGACAAAACAAAGAGAGCUAUAUUAACCUUGUGUCGACAUUGUUUGUUUUGUUUUGUUUUUUUGUUGUUGUUGUUUGUUUUGUUUUUUUAAGAACUGUGAAAAUGAUACAAUUGUAUUUGGAUAGUUUUAAGAGAUAUUUUGAAAAAUGGUGGUUAUUUAUGUAAAACUCUCAUAGAAUGGGGGAAAAAAUGGGAGGAAAAAUAUCUAAAGUCCCAUUUUAAAAACAGAACAGUGCUAUUUUUUAUACAGAACACCCUGCCACACCCCUGACAAUGGAGAUCCAAAGCCCCUUGGAUUUGCCACUCUUAUGAAAGACUCUCAUUCGAGAUUUUCUUCCCUGAUUUGAAUAACUGGAAAUUCUCAUAGGGUCUUUUUUUUUUUUUUUUUUUAAACAGCAUGCUGCAACAUAUCUCACAGCAGCCCAUGUAUGUACGGAUUCAGUAGGGGGCAACUACUGUACACAACAAACUGCUUACAGGUGGACAGGACAUUUAACUGCCUCAGGUCUGUCCAACUCUCUAAUAUAACAAUUUGUUAUAUUACACUCAAUAGCUGUUUUGGGAUCAAUACUACAUUUGUUCAUCAUUCAGCAAUCGAUUAACGAGCCUCACAAGCAAAUAUGUCUUUUGGGUGACACUUGCCUGAGUUUAUUCCAUCAAUGAGAACGUAGUUUCAUAACCUGUGAAACGAGUUAAUAUUCAUAAAAUCUGGAGAAAAGAAAAUCAGUUUGCUUUGAAUAAAACGUGACGUCACACAAUAUUAUGAAUACAACUAAAAUAAUCAGCGGUGCGUGAAGACACAUUAAUUUAAAAAAAAUGGGUAUCUCAGGAUCAAGGUAAUCUGCAAAGAACCAAAAAUUCCACCCAACAAGUUAGUCUCACCCACCCAACAUUUCUGGGGGAUUAAGCUCAGAGUGUUUUAAACUUUUUAUCCAAGUUCAUCGUCAGGAAAGGUAGGAGGGUGAGCUUCCAUACUUAACAUUUUCUGGUCCAUGACAGUGGAUGGCUUUGUAGACCUGGUUUGUUUUGUUUUUGCAUUAAAAAAAACAAAAAAAACAAUCUAAGUUAAC